AUGGAUACAUCAGACCAGGAUCAAGUCAUUGCGGCUGUUGAGAAAUGUGUACAAGAGUUCGGAUCACUUGACGUUCUCAUCAAUAAUGCGGGAAUCAAUAGCCAGUUUAUGCGUGCUGGGAUUCGAAUGGAUCAGGUUCCAACAUCGGAUUUUGAGCGCAUUCUUCAAGUGAAUCUUGUUGGCACAUAUCGUGUUUCUCAACAAGCAAUUCCCCACCUUGUGAAGGCUUCUGGCGGUGGGGUGAUAAUCAACCUUUCCAGCUGUCGCGCCAUACAGCAAGGCAAGCACGGUGAAGCGUAUGCGGCGUCAAAAGCAGGAAUCGAAGGCCUUUCUAUGGCCAUGGCAGUCAGUCUUGGGCCUGAGAUUCGAGUCCAUGUGGUGAGUCCUGGGAUGGUUGAUGUUCGAUGUGAAAGAGACGAAAGUGCUUUGCCAGAUGGCAAAACGAUUCGAGAGAGCCUAGAUAGAGAUUUCCAGAGCGAGUAUGCGCCGGAAUGGGGAUAUGGCAAAAGCAAAGCACUCCACGAUGCGCACCCUGUAGGUAGAAUCGGAAAAGGAGAAGACAUUGCACGAUGGAUUGAGUUCUUAUCAGUUACCGAAGGAGGCUUUACAACUGGAGGAACAUAUUUGGUGGAUGGAGGGUAUUCCAAAGUUCUAUCUUAUCCGAGCUAG